CACGGGGCGGGGCGGGACGCGGCGGCCGAGCCCGGCGAGACAGCGGCUGAAGUGCCACGACUCCACACGGCCGCGGCGGCGAGGAGGGACCGCGACCCGGCACGGGCACGGAAGAGUAAGGCAGGAUGGAUGUGUACGACCCUCAGACGCUGGGUGUUAUGGUCUUUGGAGGCUUCAUGGUGAUCUCAGCCAUUGGGAUCUUCCUGGUGUCCACCUUCUCCAUGAAGGAGACAUCGUACGAGGAAGCCUUGGCCAAGCAACGCAAGGAGCUUGAGAAGACCCAGCAGCAGAAGUUAGAGAAAAAGAAGAAAGAGAAACCAGUUGAGAAGAAGGGAAAAGCAAAGAAAAAGGAAGAGAAACCGAAUGGAAAGAUCCCAGAGCAGCAGCUUACUCAGGAAGUGACGGACCCUCCCAAGGAAGUGGUUCCUGAGCCUGCUGUAGCGCCUGAGCCUGUCACAGUUGAGACUCCAGCUGCAGCAGUGGCAGUUGUCCCCCAGGAAAAGGAGAAACCUGUUCCGUCACCUAAGGAGAAGAGGAAGAAGGAGAAGAAGGUGGCAAAGGUAGAGCCUGCUCCUAGCCCGGUGUUGGCUCCAGCCCCUGUCAGCGUCCCCAAAAGUUCUCCGGUCCGGGAGGUAGCCCCUAAGGAGGUGCCUGUUGUGGCAGUGCCCCCAGUUGGCACUCAGCAAAGCGCUCCGGUCAUCAGCUCUGUCACUGUCAAGAAAACCGAGGCUCUUCCAGCCCAGGAGGAUCAGAAGCAUGAUGGACCUGCCAAGAAAAAGGCUGCAUCCAAGAAGAAGAGUGAGCCAGAAGUCCCAACCCCUCCCCUUUCCUCCCUAGCACCUACGGAUUCGGAUGGGGCCCUGUACCUGCCCUACAAGACGCUUGUGUCCACGGUCAGCAGCAUGGUGUUCAGUGAGGGGGAGGCCCAGCAGCUCAUUGAGAUCCUGACGGAGAAAGCAGGAAUCAUCCAGGACACCUGGCACACGGCCACGCAGAAGGGUGACCCCGUUGCUGUCCUGAAACGCCAGCUGGAGGAGAAGGAGAAGCAGCUCUCUGCCGAGCAGGAGGAUGCAGCUGCUGCCAAGAACAAACUGCGGGAGCUGAGCAAGGAGCUGGUGGCCGAGCGGGCCAAGGCGGUGGCCGUGGAAGGCAAGCUGAAGGAGCAGCUGCUGGCCCGCGAGCGGGAGAUCGUGGCGGUGCAGGCACGGAUGCAGGCCAGCUACCAGGACCACGUCAGCGAGACCCAGCAGCUCCAGGGCAAGAUCCGGACCCUGCAGGAACAGCUGGAGAACGGCCCCAACACGCAGCUGGCUCGCCUGCAGCAGGAGAACUCCAUCCUGAGGGAUGCCCUCAACCAGGCUACCAGCCAGAUGGAAAGCAAGCAAAAUGCUGAGCUGGCCAAGUUGAGGCAGGAGUGCAGCAAGCUGAUGAAAGAGCUGUCUGAGAAGUCGGAGGUGCUGCAGCAAGAGGAGCAGCAGAGGAAGAGCUGGGAGAUCAAAGCGGCGGCCUCGGAGAAGCGAAUCGAGCAGCUGCAGGCUUACCAACGGGAGGCAGAGGUGAUGCUGCAGAAGAGGCUGGACGAGGUCAGCGACGAGCUCCGCAAAACCCAGAGCAGCUACAAGAGCCUGUUGGCAGAUGCAGAAAAGACCAAAGGGCAGCAGCAGAGCAUUGCUGAACUGCAGGCCAAGCUGCUGAGCUCUGAGGCAGAGGUUAAAAGUAAGCUGCUGGAGUUGGACAGUGUGAAAGGGAAGCUGCAGGAUGCCAGCUCGGAGAAUACAAAGCUUCUGGAGAGGAUCAAGUCCAUCGAAGCUCUGCUGGAAGCAGGACAGAUGCGGGAGGCAGAAAAAGACAGAGACCUGCAGGCAGCCAAUGAAGCAGAAAUGAAGCAGCUGCAGUCAAGACUCCAGGAGAAGACAAACCAGCUCUCAGCCUUGGAAAGGGAAGCCACGCAGCUGCGGGAGGCAGUGGAGCAACAGAAGGUGAAAAACAACGACCUUCGGGAAAAGAACUGGAAGGCAAUGGAAGCACUGACCACAGUGGAGAAGGCGUGCGAGGAAAAACUGCUUGCUGCUACAAAAGCAAAGGAAGAGCUGGCCCAACAGCUGGACGCGCUCCAGACACGAACCAAGCAGACGCUGCUCUCCGCCCUCCCCGGAGUCACCAUGUCCUCACAGCAGGAUUAUGACACGUGGCUGCUGGAGUUUAAGGAGAAGACCGUGGGUGUGCUAAAGCAGCAGAUGAUCACAACGGAGCCAUCAGAUUCAGCUCUUAAAUUAAAAGAGGCAGAGGAAGCGCAAAGCACUUUACAAGCAGAAUGUGAGCAGUACAGAACGAUCCUCGCAGAGACAGAAGGGAUGCUGCGAAACCUGCAGAAGAGCGUGGAGGAGGAGGAGCAAGUGUGGAAGGCAAAGCUCACAGCCUCUGAAGAGGAGCUCCAAAAGUCACACCUGCAGCUGAAAUCCCUGGAAGGCAUGGUGGAGAAGUUGAAAGCAGAUCUGCAGAGCACAGAUCAGUUAAAGGAAUACACCUCUCUUCUGGAAACGCAACUGGAAAAUCACUUGGAGACAGCCAGCUCCGAGCGCCAGAACUACACAAAAGAAGUUGGAGCCUUGAGGCAGCUCUUGUCAGAGUCCCAGGAGGAGCUGGAGGCAGCAAAGACUGAAACGCAGAAGCAGAGCAAGGAGCUGGCCCUGCUGAAAACCCAGCUGGAGCAGAACGAAAUGCUGGCGGAGAAGGAGCAAAUGCUGCGGCAAAAGCUGGCACGGGAGCUGGAGGAGGCCCAGAGCUUAGCACGCAGCUUGCAAGCAGAGCUGGAAAAGCUGAGACUGGCUGAACAUGCAGCAGCUUCAGACAGGGAGGAGGCCCAACAUCUCAAGGAAAGACUUGAAAAAGAAAAAAAAUUAACAAAGGACCUGGGCCAGGCAGCAACCAAACUACAGGAGCUACUGAAGGUUACCCAGGACCAACUGGCCAAAGAGAGAGAAAUGGUGAAGAAGUUGAAAGAACAGCUUCAGGAAACGGGGAAAGAGGACAGUUCAAAGGAAGGGACUUCAGUUUGACAAGUCUUCACCCUGGACCUUACAGUAAACUUACCAAAAUGCCUUACACAUUCCUAAAAAUAAAAAUUUAUGCUGAAUUUACUGUAGAUAAAAGAUACCAAGCCAUUAGCGACCCAAAACCUAGUUUUGAAACUUACAAGAAAACAUACAAAAUCCCCCCCAAAAACCAGCCAGUAAACACUGCAGUUUGUAAGAAAAUCUUCAUACUGUUUUGUACAAGUCUUCGUUUCCUGGGGAGCUGCUGUGGCCACGCUGGGCACACGCUGGGGCUUCACCCUCCUGUUCCAGCAGAACCCACCAACGUGUGAAAAGGGAAGACUGCGUUUGUACAUCAACCAGUGCAAUUAUAUUUUUUUUCCUUUUUCUGUUUUUUUCUUUCCUUUUUUUUUUGAGUGAAAGGAGUGUGAAAGUAAGACCCACCAUGGAAGGAUGCCCUCUUGGAUGGGUGGCUCUUGGCACGUGUAUUUCUGGGUGUCGAUGCAAUUAAAAUGAUGUAGUGAAAAGA